GGCUGAAAAAAGAAAGAAAGAAAGAAGGAAAGAGAGAGAGAGAGAGAAAGAAAGAAGGCAAUCCGCCGUCCUAAUAUAAAAUCCAUUUUAUCCGGUCUCCGCCGCCGCCUCCGCACCUGAAAUCGAACUCUCCCACAACCUACACCAAGAACACCGGCUCCCUCCCCCUACCCUACUCCGGUAUCUCUCCACGAAUCCCCCACCGAAGAUUGCAUCUCUGUGGCAUCCACCUUCUUUAAUUUAGUUAUCCUUUCUGAUCCUUAAUGGGUGUAAACAUUUGCUUAAGAAGUUAAGAAACUAUAAGAAGAGUUUGGGACUUUGAUGCUGACAUUGGUGAACAAGAAGAUGACAUUGGGACUUUGGUACUGAUUCGAAGUGAGAAGCUCAUUCCAUGUACUGCUACUUGACCUGUUACGCAGGCUUACUGUGUGAUGUUAGAUGGAUAGUCCACCGGGUUUAUAUGGGCUCAAUUUUGUCAAUCAUUAUACAGAACAGUUGUUGUUUGGGAGGUCUAGCCAAAAGCGAAUCAACAGACAGAGCAUUGAACGUCCAUCAAGAGUGGAACUUAGGCUGCUCAUCAAUCUAUAGAAAAAGGUUAUGGUCAUCAAGUCCAGACAAAAUGGAAAAUAAUACCAGCAAUUUUCACUCCCCUGAAGCGCAUCUGUCUUCAAGUCCUGCUUCUGUAGGUGAAGAAAAGAGAUUUUCAGAGGAAAAUGGGAAUAACUCUUCAUUUAUCAACCAAGCUUCUAUAGCCUGGAAUGAGAUGAGAAGGGAAUGGGUUGGAGACCGGUCAAAACAUUCCCAUAGAAGAUCAAGAGAACCUGUAAUAAGUGCGAACUUAAAUUUCCCUUCUAGCUGGUGCACCACGUACGAGGACUUACUGUCAGUCGGUCAACCUUUUCCUCAGCCAAUCCCAUUAUCUGAAAUGGUAGAUUUUUUAGUGGAUAUCUGGUAUGAAGAAGGGCUCUAUGAUUAGAUGAGGAAUCUCUACAUGGCAGUUUCGCUGUUGCUAUUCUUUAUAGGCCUAUAAUCACCAGCUUGCAGCUCUUUUAGCAUCAUGACAAGAAUCUACUUUGUUUUUUAAAAUGUCAAGAACAAAAACAAUGUUCGAUAUUAGAUUUCUCUCUGACAGUUAAAGAAAGGCAUUAUUAGAUAUACUCAAUUACAAUUGUGAUGCAAGGACCUUGUUAAGUAAGGUAAAAAGAUUUCGCUUGGGAAAGUCUGGGAAGCUUGCUAUAUGA